CACCGACCGUAAUAUACAAAAGUGACCAAUUCGCCCAUUCGGUAAGUUGAGCUGUUCACAGUAACCCCCGCUAUAUUCCCUCCCGAAAGAAGCAUACCAAUCACAACAGCAGAUCGAGACAGCAACAACAUGCAAAGGCCGAAAGAAGGCCUGUGCAACAUUCCUCUUCUCCUGACGCUUGGUUACUCUGCUGCAUACGUCCUGGGGGGACUUGUUGAGCCGCCAUCGGAGCUGGAUAUUGCAUCGACUGUGGUGGUGGGCCUUGUGGUGGAUAAGCCGGCCCUUGAGGAUAUCCAUAGGUCGCAGCUGGCUGGGGCACUUGGGGAGGAGGACCUGCGUAGUAAUUUGGCGGAGGACCAGGCGGAGGCUGGUAUCGACGUUCAUUUUCUGCCAUGUUUCCUUGAUUCGUGGAUAUAUGACAACCUAUACUAGACUCCGAGGGGCUUCCAAGCUCCGGACGACGUGUAUGGCUGCUGAUUUGCA